AUGACUGAUCCAACGACUACAGACUCCGGGAGGAUCGUUAAGAUGGAGGUUGAUUACAGCAGUAACUGUGAUGUUAAAAUUCCUGAGUGUAAAAAAUUAGCGCAAGAAGGAAAACUCCAUGAUGCACUUGACCAACUUUUGAUCUUGGAAAAAUUGACCCGAACCGGUGCUGAUAUGAUUUCCACGUCACGAGUGCUAGUUGCGAUAGUAGAAAUUUGUUUUGAAGCUAAAAAUUGGGCGGCCUUGAAUGAACACAUAGUCCUGUUGUCAAAAAGACGUUCCCAAUUGAAGCAAGCAGUCACGAAGAUGGUCCAAGAGUGCUCUACUUAUAUUGAUAAAACUCCUGAUAAACAGACGGAGAUUAAACUUAUUGAAACUCUGACAUCCGUAACAGCGGGAAAAAUUUACGUAGAAGUCGAACGUGCUCGCUUGAUUCAUCGUCUUGCAAAGUUGAAAGAAGAAGACAAUGAUAUCACCGGUGCAGCAUCAAUAAUGUUGGAGCUUCAAAUAGAAACUUACGGCAGCAUGGCUAAACGCGAAAAAGCAGCUUUGAUACUCGAACAAAUGCGUCUCUGUUUAGCAAAACAAGACUUUGUUCGCACCCAGAUAAUCGCUAAGAAAAUUAGUAUCAAGUUCUUUGAAGAUGAGAACAAUGAAGAGACCCAGGCACUUAAAUUGAAAUAUUAUGAACUGAUGAUGGAGCUGGCAAAGCACGAAGGGUGGUAUUUGGAGCUCUGUCGCCACAACCGUGCGAUCUUGGAAACCCCGACGGUGAAAAACGAUUCAGAGAAACGGCACACCGCACUUUCACGUGCUGUUUUGUACUUGGUUUUAGCGUCUCACGAGCCGGAACAAGCAGAUUUAACCCACAGGUUACUCGCUGACAAAUUAAUUGACGAGAUACCUACUUACAAAGAGCUGCUGCGACUGUUCGUAAAUCCUGAGCUUAUAAAGUGGUCCGGACUCUGUGAUAUUUACGAGCAAGAGUUACGAACUACGGAAGUUUUUACUGCGUCUACGGAAGAAGGUCGAAAACGAUGGACUGAAUUACGAAACCGUGUUGUGGAACAUAACAUAAGAAUAAUGGCCAAGUACUAUACUAAAAUAACUUUGACCCGGAUGGCCGAGUUACUGGACUUGCCUAUUGAAGAGACUGAGACUUGUCUGUGCAAGUUAGUUGAAACUGGCGUAAUAAGUGCCCGUACGGAUAGACCAGCUGGAGUGGUGCGUUUUACUGGUACUCAAGAACCUGCUGCUGUUCUUGACGCCUGGGCUGCGUCUCUCAAUAAACUAAUGAGUCUGCUCAACCACACAACGCAUCUCAUACAUCAAGAAGAAAUGCUUGCCGUCGCCAAUGCGUGA